ACAUCCAAUGUCUGGUUUCUAAACUGAAAACGUCUAUUCUAUCAAUUUUAAUUAACUUAUAAGAUUUUGAUUUAAAUCUAAUAAAUAAAAUGGAAUCCCGAUGGUAUUUAUUACCGGGACAAACCAUCGAAAACACAAAGAUUUCGGAAAGGGGCCAUGCCCUUCACGUUUCAAACACAGCAUGGAAAAAAAUUACAGGACAUUUAGAUCGGAAAAAAAAUAUUGAAGAUGCUAUAGAAGCAGAACGAGCUCAUCGGCAAGCUUUGAAAGAGGGAAGCGAUGCAAUGACCAAAAAUUGGCCGGAUUCAAUUGAACACGUCCAUAUGCACAAAGAAAUGGAAAGAAAGAAACAAGCUGAAGAAUUAGAUCGGCAACGCAUGGAAAAUUUUUACGUUCUUCGUCAAGAACAGGCAGAUAUUAAAGAAGCUUUUAUGGAAAAAGUAAAACGGACAAUGUUUUACUCAAAAAGUUAUCCGAAAAGUAUAAACGGAGCUUUAAUGUUUUCGGAGACGUUGUACGAACGCGGCAAACAAAUCGAAUUUAAAAAAAUAAUCAAUCAACAUUACGUGGACGAAGAGAAAAAAGAAGCGGAAAAAAUUAGGCAAGCUGCCAUAGAAGAAAAACAAGAAAAUGAAGAAAAAGCGGCUGCGAUUCGUAAAAAAAAUGAGGGAUUUUGCAAAACUUAUUUAAAACAAAUCCAAGACAAAGAAGAAUGUCGGAAAAAACUGAGAGAAGAAAGGAUAAAGGAGGAAUUACUCGACAAUGAACAUGCCAAAAAAGAAAUGGAGUUGGAAAAACAAAUUCAAUUUGAGGAGAAAGUGAAAGAAAAAGCCGAACGAAAAAAAGAAGUCCAAGAAUUCUUAUCAGAAGCAGGCGAAUUUAAACGAUUGAUAAAAAAAGAAGAUGACGAAGUCGAAGAAGUUAUCCAAGUUUUUGAAAAAGCUAAAAAACAAAUUGAAUGUAAAAGAGCACAAAGAGUUCUUGAGAUGCGAGAACAAGAACAAAUAAGAAGAGAAAUGGCAAGUAGAGCUGCCGUAGCCGGCGAAAAAGCUAAAAAUGAAGCUUUUGAGCGUUCAAUUCAACGAGCUAAAGAAGAAGCGGAUGCGCGUGAAGCCGCAGCAGAACAAAGUCGUAUCGAAAAAGCACAACGUUUACGAAAAGAACGCGAUGAAGAUCGCCAAAAUUAUCUACUUAAAAAAGCGGAACAAGACCGAUUAAUCGCCGAAGGGAAAAAAUGGGAAAUGAUGAAUCGUCUAAAACAAAACGAAUGCAACAAAGUGCACGACCAAAUAAGAGCCCAAGAAAAUUGGGACAAAAAGCUUCAAUUUAGACACGAAAUUUUAAAACAAAUCGCCGAAGAUAAAAUACGAGGAGAGUCCCAUCAAAAGGAAAUUAACGAAUACGUCAAAAUGAAGCUGAAAUUAGCUGACGAUGAAUUCUUUGCCUACGCUAAUCAUGUUAUCGAAGAAGCCAAGAGUAACGGAAGGAAUACAUAUCCUAUUGAAAAGAUAGUCGAUGAGUAUAUAAAGGAAAAUAUGAUCGAUCCGGGUAAGAAGCAUGAAAAAAUUUGUCAAAAAGAAGAUGGGACUUCUAUGCUUGGUAAUGUUAAAAUGGUUAAUAUUACUCCUGGUAAAAUGGCUCAUGAUCCGCGUGCAGAUCCUAAUUAUCGCCGGUGUCCGUGUCAUAAAGAAGAACUUUACAAGUAAAAAUGUUUUAUACUAAAACUAAAAGUAUACAAAUUUCUUGUAAUUAAAAGCAUAUUUACCUUUAA